GGCGGUAAUGCAGCAUUUAUUGGAUGCCAACCCGCUGUUAAACCUCGUCGAAGAAGAAGAAAAAUAGAAGGAAGUGUGUAGAAACAGACGAGCUGCAUACACGAGUUGUAAUUCACAUUGGAGUGAAAUACAGAAUUGAAAUGUCCAUGGCCCAGAUUGUACCAGGACAGUUUGAUGAUGCGGACGAAUCAAACAGUGUUGCCAUCACCCAACCAGCUGAGGAGAUGCUUGCAAUAGAGGGCCAGGUCAGUGGAGUUAGCCUGGAAACACCAUAUCAUGAUUUGCGUGAAUAUGAUGAUGAUGAGGAGGAGGAGGAGGAAGAAGAGGAGGAUGAUGAUUGGGACUGGAAUGAGACUGGGGACUUGACAAAACGCUACAUGGCUAAUAGAACAGGAAUGAAUCACCAGGCAAAUAAACAAAAUCUUAGUAACAAAUCACAGAAACUGUCAACCCCCACUGACAAGGCACUGAGGAAGUUUGAACACAAAAUUAAUUUAGAUAAGCUCAACUAUGCUGACUCUGUGAUCAACAAAGUGACCGUGAUGCAGAAACAACAAAAUGCUGACACGUUUCGAGUGAAAGACAAAUCUGAUCGGGCUACAGUUGAGCAGGUGUUGGACCCGCGGACGCGAAUGAUUCUGUUUAAGAUGCUCAGCAGGGGUGUCAUUUCAGAGAUCAAUGGAUGUAUCAGCACAGGCAAAGAGGCAAAUGUUUACCACGCAACCACUGCCAAUGGUGAGAGCAGAGCCAUCAAGAUCUACAAGACCUCCAUCUUACUGUUCAAGGACCGUGACAAAUAUGUUAGUGGAGAAUUCAGGUUCCGCCAUGGCUACUGUAAAGGAAACCCCAGGAAGAUGGUGCGAACCUGGGCCGAGAAGGAGAUGAGAAACCUCAUCAGGUUGCAGACGGCAGGCAUCCCGAGUCCGGAGCCAAUCAUGCUGCGUAGCCACGUGCUCCUCAUGAGUUUCAUCGGUAAGGAUGACAUGCCUGCUCCUCUGUUGAAGAACGCUUCCCUGUCCGAGUCCAAAGCACGUGAGCUGUAUCUCCAGGUGAUACACAACAUGAGGGUUAUGUACCAGGAGGCCCGGCUGGUCCAUUCAGACCUCAGUGAGUUCAACAUGCUGUACAACGACGGUGACGCCUACAUCAUUGACGUGUCCCAGUCUGUGGAGCACGACCACCCCCACGCUCUCGAGUUCCUGCGCAAAGACUGUACCAAUGUCAAUGACUUUUUCCUGAAGCGAGGUGUAGCGGCGAUGACUUUGCGCGAGCUCUUUGAGUUCGUCACCGAUCCCUCCAUCACCAGCAGCAACAUCAACCUCUACUUGGAAAAGGCGAUGGACAUUGCUUCCGAGAGGACGGCAGAGGAGAGGUCCAAUCAGGAUAGUGUGAAUGAGGAGGUGUUUAAGAACGCGUACAUCCCACGCACACUUACAGAAGUGAGCCACUACGAACGUGACGUGGAUGCCAUGAAAGACCACGAGUCCUCGCACAACAUGCAGAAUGACAACAUCCUCUACCAGACAGUGACGGGCCUGAAGAAGGAUCUGUCUGGAGUUCAGACAGUACCUGCCUUGCUCCAGGACUGUGAUGUAGAGGAGAGCUCAAGUUCAGAGGAUGAAGAUGAAGAUGAGGAUGGUGGCAAGCAGGAGUCUGUGGGAGAGGAGUCUCAGAUUGACAAGAAGGAGAUGAAGAAACUGGCCAAGGAGGCCCAGAGGGAAAAGAGAAAAAACAAAACACCGAAACACGUGAAGAAGAGAAAGGAGAGGGUUUCAAAGAUGAAGAAAGGCAAAUGAGUGGACCCAGUAAUCAAGAAUACACCAGACCUAAACAUGAACUUUUAUCCCAGUGACUUCAUGAACUGAUGUAAACCUCCAUGCUCAACAAACACAGGCCUUCAGUAACACUGUAGUGAAACUGGUGAACAGUUGUGCAGUAUUAGGCCACACUAACAGACAGUGAAAAAAAUAUGACAUGUUUAUUAUAUAAGAAGUAUGUGGGCAAAAUAUUGUUGACCAUGUCAGGUGUCAUGCACAGUGUUUUAGUGUUUUAUGAUAAUCGCUAUAGAAAAGCAGUUCAAUUAAAUGUGAAAAAAUAUAUAAAUACACAAGUCUAAAUGAAGUUGUACUUUAACUUGAAACAUUUUACCAAAGAGGUUAAGGCUCUUCUAUGUACAGUUACUACAACAGCUUGCAGGGCAGGUGCUCCUAAUGGUCUGUACUAAAAGCUAGUCAUUUGGAAUCCAAAAUAACUACAUGAAAAUUGUGGCUUGCAGCCAGUCCUCACAUUGUAUAGGGAUGGAAAUAAUUAAACAUUAUUUACCAUGAAAUACUU